GGUUUGCGGCGCCAGGACAAGCAGGCAGCCUGCCUUAGCACCCCCACUGCACUGCUGACUGGGAGCUGACGGAGGCAGCGCGGGGCCCCCAAGAUGGCGGAAGCUCAUCAGGCCGUGGCCUUCCAGUUCACGGUGACCCCCGAGGGUGUCGAUGUCCAGCUGAGCCGUGAGGCCCUCAAGCAGAUCUACCUGUCCGGGGUCGCCUCGUGGAAGAAACGCUUUGCCCGCAUCAAGAACAGCAUCCUGACUGGCGUGUACCCCGCCACCCCCUCCAGCUGGCUGGUGGUUGUCAUGGCGACGGUGAGCUCCAUGUACUGCCGCAUUGACCUGUCCAUGGGCCUGAUCUGCCACAUCAGGCGGUACCUGCCCAGCUGCCGCUACCUCAGCUUCCAGCACCGGACCCUGCUGAGCGCCGCGCUCUUCUCCACAGGGGUCUGGCUCUCGGGGAUCCUGCUCUGCCGGCAGUCUCUCAAGCUGCUGCUCUCCUACCAUGGCUGGAUGUUCGAGCCCCACGGCAAGAUGAGCUGGAGCACCAGGGUCUGGGUGGCUCUAGUGAAGGUGAUGUCUGGCCGCAAUCCCAUGCUCUACAGCUUCCAGACCUCUCUGCCCAAGCUGCCAGUUCCCAGCGUGGAGGCCACAAUCCGUAGGUACCUGGAGUCCGUGCACCCGCUGCUGAAGGAUGAGAAGUACCACGAGAUGGAAGUCCUGGCCCAAGCCUUCCAGCAGCACACAGCUCCCAGGCUGCAGAAGUACCUGGUCCUCAAAUCUUGGUGGGCAACCAACUAUGUGAGCGACUGGUGGGAGGAGUAUGUCUACCUGCGCGGACGAGGCCCCAUCAUGGUCAACAGCAACUACUACGCCAUGGAUUUCCUGUACGUGACACCCAGCCCCCUGCAGGCAGCCCGGGCCGGCAACUUCGUGCACUCCAUCCUGCUCUAUCGGCGGAAGCUGGACCGCGAGGAGAUCCCCCCGGUGAUGGCGCUCGGCAUCGUGCCAAUGUGCUCCUUCCAGAUGGAGAGAAUGUUCAACACCACCCGCAUCCCCGGGCUGGAGUCAGACACCCUGCAGCACCUGUUGGACAGCAAGCACCUGGCCGUCUACCACAAGGGCCGCUUCUACAAGCUGUGGCUGUACCAGGGCGGGAAGCUGCUGAAGCCGCGGGACCUGGAGCUGCAAUUCCAGAGGAUCCUGGACGACCAGUCGCCCCCGCAGCCUGGGGAGGAGAAGCUGGCGGCACUCACUGCUGGAGAAAGGGUCCCGUGGGCCGAAGCCCGGGCCAGGUUCUUCAGCCAAGGGAAGAACAAGGUGUCUCUGGACGCCAUCGAGCGGGCUGCCUUCUUCCUGGCACUGGACGAGGAGGCGCACGGGUACGAGCGGGGCAGGGAGGAUAGCAUGGAUGGCUACGCCAAGUCCCUGCUGCAUGGCCGCUGCUACGACAGGUGGUUCGACAAAUCCUUCACCUUGGUCGUGUAUAAGAACGGCAAAGUGGGCACCAACGCGGAGCAUGCGUGGGCCGACGCACCCAUCAUGGGGCAUCUCUGGGAGUUCGCGCUGGGGACAGACAAAUUCCACCUUGGCUACAGCGAGGGGGGGCAUUGCUGUGGGGAGCCCAGCGCAGCCAUGGCCCCUCCCCAGAGGCUGCAGUGGGACAUUCCAGAGGAGUGCAGGAAGGUUAUCGACAGCUCCUACCGCGUGGCCAAGGCACUGGCAGACGACGUGGAUUUCCACUGUUUCCAAUUCUCCAAUUUCGGGAAGGGCCUGAUCAAGCGAUUCAAGAUCAGCCCCGACGCCUUCAUCCAGAUCUCGCUGCAGCUGGCUCACUUCUGGGACAAGGGCAGCUUCUGCCUCACCUACGAGGCGUCCAUGACGCGUCUCUUCCGGGAGGGCAGAACUGAGACAGUGAGAUCCUGCACCAGGGAGUCCAUAGCAUUCGUACGGAGCAUGAUGGACCCGGCCCGGGGCCAGCUGGAGCGUCUGCAGCUCUUCCAGGUGGCAGCAGAGAAGCACCAGCAAAUGUAUCGUCUGGCCAUGACAGGCGCUGGCAUUGACCGACACCUCUUCUGCCUCUAUGUGGUCUCCAGGUACCUGGGGGUGGAGUCGCCCUUCCUGGCGCAGGUGCUGGCUGAGCCCUGGCGUCUGUCCACCAGUCAGACUCCCCAGCAACAGAUCAAAAUGUUUGAUAUGGAGAAGAACCAGGAUCUCGUCUCUUCCGGAGGUGGCUUUGGCCCAGUGGCUGACGACGGAUACGGCGUCUCGUACAUCAUUGCUGGCGAGAACCUGAUCACCUUCCACAUCUCCAGCAAGUUCUCCAGCCCCGAAACGGACUCCAGACGGUUCGGGAGGAACAUCCGCCAGGCCAUGCUGGACAUCGCAGACCUCUUCAACGUUCCUGCCAACAAGGUGGCCAACUGACCCUGCACCACAAGAGGGGCGAAGGCCCCUGUGCCGGAAGAGUGUGAGGCUGGCCCCAGGGUGGAGAGCGUGGCCCCAGAACACCGGGCGAGCUGGCGGGGCUGCCCCUCCGGUGCCAGCGCUCGCCCUGCAGUAGGUCCCUGCCGUUCGGAGCCCACCCGGCCAGCCACGGGGACCUGGGGACCCACAAAGCUGUGGGAACGGGUGCGGGAGAUGUCCUCCCUCAAUAUUACUGAUAAAGAAGGCUGUUUGUGUAAUGCCAACCUGGCUGC